AUGAGCUGCUUCGAGAAGGAGGGCAGCUGGAGCCUGUCCUUCGCGGGCGCGGGUUUCCUGAGUCUCUACCACGUAGGGGUGAUCCACUGCCUGAGGCAGCGCGCCCCGCGCCUCCUCCGCGGCGCCAGCCGCUUCUACGGCUCCUCGUCCGGGGCGCUCAUCGCCGUCAGCAUCGUCAGCGGCAUGUCUGUCGAUUUGUGCUGCUCGCGAAUGCUGGCCAUGGUUAAGCGAGUGGAGCAGCUGAGUCUGGGCGUCUUCCAGCCCUCCUUCAUGCCCGUCGAGACCGUCAGGCAGGGCCUGCAGGACUCACUGCCCGCCGACAUCCACAUCCUGGCCUCCCAGCGGCUGGGCAUCUCGCUGACCCACUGGCCCAACGGCGAGAACUUCAUUGUCACCGACUUCGCCACCCGCGAUGAGGUCAUUGAGGCCUUGGUCUGCACCAUUUUCCUCCCUUUCUACUGUGGGACGAUUCCUCCCACGUUCAGAGGGAAGCGCUACAUUAAUGGCACUCUAAGCAACAACAUACCCUUCGCGGACUCGCCCUCCACCAUCACCGUGUCGCCCUUCCACGGGACGGCGGACAUCUGUCCCCAGAGCAGCUCGGCUAGCACACACGAGCUGAAUGUCUUCAACACCAACUUCCAGAUCUCCACCAUGAACUUCUUCCUGGGCAUCAGCUCCCUCAUGCCCUCCAGCCCCGAGGUAGUGGCCGACAGCUGCAGACAAGGCUACCUGGAUGCCCUGAGGUUCCUGGAGAGACGCGGACUCACCGAGGAGCCAGUGCUGUGGAGCUUUGUGUUUAAGGAGCCCCCAGCCCCAGCUGAUGGGACCCCAGGUGCUGCUCAUGACAGAGGCCUGUCGCUCAACUGGGCAGUGCCCAACGUGCUGGUCAAGGACGUGCCCGACUUUGAGCAGCUCUCCCCAGAGCUGGAGGCUGCACUGAAGAAAGCCUGCAUGCGGGCCCCCAGUACCUGGGCCUCUUUUUGCCGCUCGGGGCCUGGGCGGGCGCUGACGUACCUGCUGCUGCCUUGCACGCUGCCCUUUGAGUACGUCUACGUCCAGAGCAGAAGAUUGGUGGCGUGGCUGCCGGACAUGCCGGCCGACUUGUGGUGGAUGCAAGACUUGCUGAGGAGCUUGGCCCUCGAGGUCUAUUCUAGGACGAAGGACCCGCUCCUCAGGUUGGUCAGUCUGCCUGUCACCAGCCCCCUCCAGCCUAAGGCUGCUCCUCUCGAGGACCUGGCCAAGGAGCCCAGACCCGCCCAUCAGGCCUGA